UCAAAAAAUGCGUGACAUAUUAUGCGAUGUUGAUUUUAUUUUCUUAAAUUUUGUUAAAACUCUUAAAAAUUACAUGUAAUGUCUUUGUUUGAUAACGCUGUUUUCAAUUCGACCCUUUACGAAGCUCUGUAUCUUCAGAUCGAGGAUACUUUGGGCUUCGCAAAAGACUUUUUUGAAUCGUGCGUGUCAUCUUUGCCGAUCGAAAAUUUACCGAAAACUUUCGUGAAUUUCAGUGAUUUAUCAUUUUACGAAGAAAUAGCAGAGGUUUUUUAUUUCAAUGAAUUUCAACUUUUGCUGCUAAAGACUUUUUUACUAAUUUUAUUAUUCACUUUGUUAUUAAUAUUUAUUUCUUGGAGAGUGUAUGGUAAUCGUAUUUCUGAGAGAUUUAUGAAACCAGCUACUUCAGCUACAAUCGAGCAAUUAAAAGAAAGUGUAUCAAAGCUCAAACUACCUAAGGAACACACUCCUAGAAUAUAAACGAUGGCAGAAAAAAUUAAAAAGUUCUUUCAAAGGAAGAAAAUUGAUGCAAAGUUCAAAUUAGCUGGUCCUGGCCACAAGCUAAGUGCAUCAACAAUUAGCAGCCAAUCGUCAAAUAACUCCAAGAGAGAUUUGCCAGUGGUUAAGCGAUCUGGCUUGUCGGAAGAGAGUAAAGUAGCAGCGGAAGCUGCACUAUCUAGGCUACAGCAGACAAGAGAAAAUCCAGCAUUCAACACUUCAUUGGCAGCUAUAAAAGCUCAAGUCAAGAAAGAGUUAGAAAAUGAAAAGGCUUGUAAUUCCCAAACUUCGGACGAGCCCAAAGUGAAAGCAGAAUCUGAAAAUGAAGCAACCCGAAACUUUGCAGCCUCCGGUGUUUAUUUCAAAUGUCCUCUAAUAAGUAAUGACAUCCUACCCCGAGAUGAAUGGAAGAGAAACAUCAAAACAUUUCUGUAUGAGCAAUUAGAGGAAGAGAGAGGCCUGACAGCCUGUCUCAUUAUACAAUCAUGUAAUAGUAACAGAGAAAAGGUUGAAACCUGUGUUGAAACAUUAUGCAAGUACCUAGAGAAUAUUAUAACAUAUCCAGAAGAGGAAAAGUAUCAGAAGAUUCGAAUGUCUAACAGAGUUUUCAAUGAAAGAGUUCUGCCUAUAGAAGGAUCUAUGGAGUUGCUGCUGGCGGCGGGCUUUGUUCAACAGAAACUGCCUAAUGCGGACGGUGUCGACGAAGACUUCCUCGUUUUUGAUAAAGAAAACGUUUCUUCCGUUGAGGGUUUGAUUGCGUUAAUCGAGGCGCUUCGCACAGCGGAACCGAUACAACUAGAACUCGACAGAAAUCUACAAGUAUUGCUACCGUCGCAAGCCGCUAACAAAGUUCAACUGCCCCCAUCAUUUUACGCUCUCACCCCAGAGGAACUCAAGAGGGAACAUCAACUGAGGACCGAAGCAAUUGAGAGGAGUCAGAUGUUACGUACGAAGGCGAUGAGGGAAAAGGACGAGUUACGGGAAAUGAAGAAAUAUAAAUUCGCAAUCAUAAGAAUACGCUUCCCAGAUGGCAUUCUCUUGCAAGGCACAUUUUCAGUCUACGAACGUUACAAUGAAAUCCACGAAUUCGUCCAAGAUAAUUUAGAGCACAGCGGUCUGCCCUUCGUCCUCAACACUCCGACCGGUCAUAAACUUAUCCAGGACGAAGAUGCCAAUAAGACCCUUAUUGACCUUCGACUCGUACCGGCAACAGUGCUCACAUUCGCCUGGCACUCGUCCAUUAUCGAAGAGAUUAAUAACAGUCCCAAUAAAGACGUGUUUCUGAAACCAGAAGUCAUGGUUUUAGUGCAGGAAAUUUAAAUAAUGCGUUAGAAAACUAUCGAUAGUUAUAUAAUAAAAAUAAAUGUAAUUUAUUAAUAUAAAAAAAAAUUGUUUUAAGUAUAUCCUAUAACAUUUUUUUGAAGACAAUAUAUAAUACUUCGCACGCGGCUUAGAUCGCGCGAUAGGGGGAGGCAAGUUUUAGGUAAAAUAGUAGCCUAUGUCUUUCCUUCGGGUUCAAGCUUGUCUCAUAUCAAAUUUUAUCAAAAUCGGCUCAGCGGUUUAGCCGUGAAAGCGUAACAGACACACUUCUUUCGCAUUUAUAAUGGAUACCACUACACAUCUUUGACAAGCGUCUCUUUCAUUUAUCGUGAAACUGUUACGUCAUAGUCACGUCAUAGUUACGUCUACUUGUCAUGUUAAAUGUCUUUAAUAAUAAAAAAACCGCGACAUCGAUGGAGAACUACAAUGAAAAUAUAUUUAAAAUCUGCCUAACUAUGUCCAAUCGAAUAUUUGAAAUGAAUAUUUUUUUGCUUAAUAAUUAUACUAAAAUAAUUAUCUUUUUAAUAAAUCUCUAACAUUGGCUAUAACUAACACAGCCUGAGAAAUAUGAAAUUUUGUUUUCAUUUCAAGUAUUAAAUUGUUAUUAAUUUAUUUAUUUUUUUUAAUUUUGUCCAAAUUUUAUAUUAUCUAUGACGACAUACUUAAAUAUAUUUUUUUAAUACAAAUACCCAAUUGAAGUAUUACAGAUGUGAAGUUCUUAAACAAAUCUUAUUUAAUGUAGAACAAAGGCGAUCAGUAAUUGCAUUUAUAUGUUUAUUUAAACAAUAAUAUUGAAUUUAUUUUUUAUUUAUUCAGAAUUCAAAUUUUUUAUUAAAUUAUCUUAUUCAAUUAUAAAACUAUCGAUAGUUUGAAUAUAUGCACAACACUAGUUUUAUUAAGUUUUUUUUUGUAAUACAUAAUUUAUGCUUAUAUAAGACUGUCUUACUUUUUUUUAAGUCGGUUCCACACAUAGUAGCCAGGACAAUAAUAUUUUUCUUUUAUAAUAACAAAUACGUAUUCGUCAUAUUAUAAUUUAAAAUAAAUGCUAUUGACGUGAAUAUGUUCUAACUUUGAAGCUGCGUCUUUAGGGACAAAUUUGAAAAGAUCAGAUACGAAUUUGCUAAUUGUACCCAAAUAUACUUUGAAAAUCGCAGGCUAGACUUUAAAAUCUGUAUGUCUUUGAUUCGUUAUAAAGUAAAAUGAAAAUGCGUGCAAAAUAGUAUGAGUGACAUUAGAGAAAACAUUUUGCGUAAAGAUCUUUGCUUAACCAUACAAUUUUAUAAUGAAUAAAACAUAUGAUUAAACACAGGAAAACCAUAAAUGAGUGACAUUACAAAGCAAACGUGCUAAUUUUUUUUUUUUUUUUUACAAACGACUUUCUGAUGCAAUUAAUAUUCCUUUAACGUCUUUCUGUUUCUACACGUAUUCACGUCAAAAAACGACGUUUAAAAAAAAACAAAAAAAAAAAACAAAUAUGGAUGCAAUGUGAUGACUUUAAUAAUAUUAGCCAACAAAUCAUAACAUACAUUUAAUAUAUGCCUCAACAUGUUAUUAUAUAUCUAAUUGAAUUAUGUGAUAGAAAAAAUGGUUAAGCUUAAUACUUAUAUUAAUAUUUAUAUAAUUUAUUAAUGUUAUUUAGACAACAAAGUUGUCGAUUUAACAUAAUAUUUAAAUAACACUUAGAAUUGUAGCGAAAAUAUAUUUAAUGGUAUAGUUAUAAUGGCAAUUAUUUCGAACAUUUGUUUAGCGUUUAUUAUUAAAAAUCUUACACUGCAAUUCCUCAGCAUAAUAUACUUCCUAAUAUCACUUCGCACGGUUUUUCAAAGUUGUUAUAAUUUGUAUGUACAAGUUCCUUCUAAAAGUCUUUAUAUAUAUUUUUAAUUAAAUUAGUGUAAAGAAUGGAAGAAAAAAAUAAUGAAAAUGCAUUUAUUGGCCAUACUCAUCUUACAAUUACCAUAGAAAGCUUUUUUUAUAAAUCCUUAUUAAAUUAUCGAAACCAAAAAUCUUAAUAAAUUACCGAAUUGUUUUUUAUUUUUUUAUGGUACUUUUUAGUUUUUAUGAAGUACCGGCCGCUUCUCCCCCGACAUGGAGGUUGGAGGUUGAAGGGGACCUUGUCCACUUUGUUAUCUUCUUUAUGUCAUAUUCUUUUCUAUGUUGCUUUAUUUCUUUCUAUGCUGUUUUUCGCUAUAUAACUGCAGAAUUCUAAAAAUUUGUCUCGUUUUGUCUUAUCCUCUAGUAUAUUUUUUAAUUCGUUACUUUCUAUUUUACUGUUAAUUUGGACUUCUGUGUCCAUUCUAGUUAUUAGGUACUUAGGGCAUUCGGUCAACAGGUGGAUGAUCGUUUCUUCCUUUUCGUCAUCACAUACACAGGAUGGGCUGUCUUUGCACCUGAAUCUGUGUAGGUUUUGACCGAAUCCCCCGUGGCCUGUCAUUAUCUGCGUUAGUACAGGUGUCAUCUUGAUUUUCCUUAUUAUUCAGUAAGCUUUUAUUGCAUUUGGGAGGAAAAUCUUAGUGACACCUGCUGUGUCCGCUUCUCGGUAUCGGUAAUCCCAUUUAUUUAAGAGUUUCUUUUCUAAGGGUUUGCUUUAUAUACGACAGUGGGCAUUUGUCAUAAUUUGCGGCGGUCUUAGCUUUUAAAGCCGCUUCUUUCGCCAAUUCGUAUGCCCGUUCGUUUCCCCAAAUUCCGACGUGCGCCUUUACCCAGAAGAAUUCGACGGAUGCGUUAUUUUUCGCUAGGUCCCGUAUAUUUCUUUUUAUAUCCACUGCGAUCUUGUUUGUAGUGGUUUGAUCCUUUAAACUGUCUAUUUCUUUUACUGUCUUUAUAUUUUUUAUUUUUUCUACCUUUAAAUUUGCUUCGAACAUUUAAGAUAUGCAGUCCCAUCUCCUCCAUCAUUCCCGAGAGUGCCUCUCCUCUAUGAUCUUCCCUGUCGCUUCCCCACCAUGUGCUUCAGGCAUACACAUCUCCUACCAGCAGCACUGCGUUUACGCCCGUUUUUGCUACUGCUGCUCUUAAUUGUUGGAGGUACGGAUCAAUCGGGCUCGUGUCUUCAAAGUAGAUCGAAAUCAGCCCUAUUCUCCAUUUCUGAGUACUGAGAACUGCGACUGCUAUAUUCUUAGUAGUUUAUCCCGGAUGACUGAUUAUGUCAAUAUCAUUAUCGAAGAUCAAAAUGGCCGACUUUACUGGUUUCGAUCUACCUUGAGUGCACUGGAUGAUCCUAUAACUUGAUCUUGGAGCUACUUCCUCUCCUGAUCCCACAUACGGCUCUCUUACGAGAGCGAUGGCUGCCUUCCUCUUUUCAGCCUCUACAACCAAUUCCUGUAGGGCCAGCCUUUUCCUCUGGAGGUUCGCUUGCAGAAACAGCAUCUUUUUUGGGCUGCCUUCCUCGCCUUAGCAGUACGCCACGCUCGACCUCGCCAACUUGUCCCAUUUCAGACGCACUGGGCAGCCCUCGUUAAAACUAUCAUGGUCAGUACUUUUAAAAUUUUCGCGCUAGCAGUUUAUGCAGGUCGGCGGGCUUCCUAUUAAUCGAUCCGGGCAGUCUUUACGGAGAUGGGUCCUGCGCAGUGACUGCACAGGUCGACCUCCGUUUUGCAGUUUAUUCGCCCGUGUCCAAACUCGAGGCACUUCGUGCAUUGGAUCAGCGGUGACCGGUCUUCCACCGGUACCCUUUGGAGGUCAAUAUGGAGUUUUCCUGCAUCUAUUAGUGCUCUCCAAAGGGCCGGUGGCACCUGCAUCACCACGUGAUUUUCGAGUUGGCUUCUAGCUCGCGUCCUGUAUUUAAAAAUAUCCCUUUACUCCGAUUCUGGUAUGUGUUUUAUUAAUUUGCUAUUUUGUGAUUUAAUGGAGCUUAGGAUAUCCUCGUCGCUAUUAUUAAUAGAAUUGAAAUAUUAUAUUGCUUCAAUAAAUUUGUCUUUAAUACAACACUAACCUAAGCCAGUUGCGUUGUUUGUAUAAUUGCGUUGAGUAUGGCUUAAUAAAAAUAUUUAAAUUGUGAUAAAAUUUGUCAUGUAUCUAUUUUACUUUAACUCGUGAUAUAAUUUUACAUCUAGAAUUUGUUCUUUAGUCCUAUUUCGAACAUACUAAGUUUUCUCGCCCACCGACCUCCGGAUAAGAUGCCAUUUUGUCAUUCGAAUUAGACUUUUCUAGAAUGUAGAUUCCUACAAAAAUUCACAGAAAUGUUUCGAUAUAUGUGCUUUUAUAAACUUUGAUUGGUUGUAUGAAAUAUUUUUGUGUGUGAAUUUUUACUUAUUACAGUAAACGGCAGGAGGGAAAACGUUAGUAUAUAAGUUACAUAUAAAACUUCCAACUUUACGAAUCCCUCUAAUUUCUUUAUGAAAACACGAGUCGAUCAUAAUUUAUUUUUGUUUUAAGGUUUUUUAUACUGUAUGUAUAUAUGUGGUUCACUUAUGUG